AGAGAAAAGCUGUGAAGAAGAAGAAGAAGAGCAGGAAGCGAUUUUCUUUUCAGUAAAUGGGAAAUCAAAGCAAAAAGUAGUGGGGCCGUCUGAUUAGAGCACAGCCCAGCUAGUUUCUCUUCGUAUUCUCUCCCAUAUCAUUGAGCCCUUCUUGGCGAGAUCUGAUUACUGCUUUUCCUUUCUCUUCCCCUUUAGAAAAGCCACACGGAGAGAGAGACAAACCCACAAGCGGACGCCAAAUCGCAUUCACAGGGCUCCCUCAGUUCGUCCUCCCCAAUCCUUCACCCCCAACCCUUUUUGUUUUCUUUAGCUCAGAAAGCUAAGGAAAUGGAACCUCACUGAUUUGAAGUGAAGACUGAAGAAACCAAGCCCCUUCAGAUCUGAAUCUUCUCAUUUCAGCUUUUUUCUGCUAAAAGAGGGAAGAGAAGGGGUUUAGGCAUAGGAAUGAUAAGGAGAUGGGAAAGAAAGGAACUUGGUUUUCUUCUGUAAAGAAAGCUCUCAGUCCAGAUCCCAAACACAAGGAAAUUCAGAAUUCUAAGGAGUCAAAGAAGAAAUGGUUUGGAAAGCAAAAGCAUCCCAAUUCAGAUUCUACAGAGGCUGUGAGAGUGCCAUCACCACCUCAGCUAGCAGAGGCGAAUAUCAUCCAUUCAGAGAGUGAAGAAAACAAGGAGCCUUGCUACGAUGAAGUUUCUUCUGCAGCUACUCAGGCUUAUGAGGCUAAUGUUUCUACUACUAUUGAGCCAAAUGUUGCUACUCCUUUUGCUGCAGCCCAAGUUGUGCAACUCUCUACACAAACUCAUAUUUCCAGCCCACCUAAGGAGGAAGUUGCAGCAAUCAAGAUCCAAACUGUAUUCCGUGGAUACCUGGCAAGAAGGGCGUUACGAGCAUUACGAGGACUGGUGAGGCUGAAAUCACUGAUGGAGAGUUCUACUGUGAAACGCCAAGCGUCGAAUACCCUUCGUUGCAUGCAGACUCUUGCUCGCGUUCAAUCUCAGAUCCAUUUUAGGAGAGUUAGAAUGUUGGAGGAGAAUCAGGCUCUCCAGAAACAACUCCUUCAAAAACAUGCAAAAGAUCUUGAAAGCUUGCGGAUUGGAGAGGAAUGGGAUGACAGUUUACAAUCAAAGGAGCAGAUUGAAGCUGGUCUACUGAGCAAAUAUGAGGCUGCAACGAGAAGGGAGAGGGCCCUGGCAUAUGCCUUCACUCAUCAGCAAACCUGGAAGAAUUCUGCAAGAUCUGUAAAUCCAGCAUUCAUGGAUCCAACUAAUCCCACCUGGGGUUGGAGCUGGUUGGAACGAUGGAGCGGGGCUCAGGUGCAUGAUGCUCCUGACCUGACGAGAAAAGAGUCGAAUAACAGUCGCUCUGGUCGGACGACAAGUCGUGACAUUGUUGGCGGAGAAAUCAGCAAAUCAUUUGCCCGCUUUCAGUUGAACUCAGAGAUGGAUUCCCCAACAGGCAGUCAUAAGACAACGCACUCUGCUUUCAAGCCUUCCACAACUCCUUCCAAGCGAGCUUCAUCUUCUGCAUCAAAAAAACUGAAGCCUCCAAGCCCAAGAAUCCUCUCCAUUCAUGACGACGACUCGAGAAGUACUGUCAGUGUGCAGUCUGAAAGAUUAAGAAGGCAUAGCACGGGAGGAGGACCUUCGGUGAGGGACGAUGAUAACAUGUCGAUCACGAGCGCUGUUCGGAGUUACAUGACACCUACUGAAUCUGCAAAAGCAAAAUCCAGAUUGCAGAGUCCAAUGGGAGUAGAGAAGAAUGUAACAACUCCAGAGAAAGGGUCUUCAGCAACAGCAAAGAAACGGCUAUCUUACCCUCCUUCACCAGCCAGGCCAAGGCGGCAUUCCGGUCCGCCUAAGAUCGAAGGCGACCCGGAUGCAGGGAAGAGCCUCAGCAAUGGAGUUGGAAUGAUUUGAACUGCAGAAAGGCAAAGAGUGAAGAAGAUUGGUUAAAUCUGUUAACCUCUUACAAUUUAAUUCAAAAAGUUUUCCACACACACCACCUAUCAUUUGAAUUGAUACAUGAAAUGGUAUUUAUUCAUUAUAGAUGUGUUUAAAUAUGUUGUGGGCAUCUGUUAAAAUCUUGAGUUUGAUACCCAGAAAACCACAGGACAAGGACAAGGCAAGGAUAUGUUGUGGGUCACUGCUAUUUGCAUCUUCUUUGUCAUUA